ACCCCAUACUUACGCAAAUAUCAAGCCGCUUACCCUCCUCCUGAAGGGCUCCUGAACCGCUCUUAUACAAACUUUCCGCGAAACAUAUAGACAGGAAUUCACCUUCAUUAUAAUGAACCAUACUUAAUUUGAAUGAUAUUUUAUUUUUGUGAUAAUCUUUACAAUAUUUCAUAAUCAAAACUGUAUGGUAUAUACAUGAACUUCUUUUGUCUAGGCGCAGAGCUAUACCGGAAUAAUUGAACUUAUGGUGAACUGGCGUACUGUGUGAAAGGUUACUGAGUUCCUGAUAUCACCCGCCCGACGUAGGCAAGCAGAAAGGCACUAAAAAGUUGCCAAAAUGGUGAAAACCCGGCACAGCGGUGACGUGGAUGCUAGUCCGGGAGGAGAAUUUCUCUCUCUCCGUACCAGAAAUGCAAAGAGAUAUUCGAGAAGUGGUGCAGAGGAUAACAUGCCAUCAAGUGGUGAAGACAACACACCUAGGAGUAAGAGACAGCGAGUAGUGUCUGUUAAAGCUUCAGGAGGUAACAGGAGUCCAGGAUAUUCAAGUAUGACCAGAAGAAGUUAUCACAGAUCAGGGACCUCCCCUUCUACUCCCGACCAAACUCCAAGCCCACUAAGAAGCAGAGCUAAAAGCAAGACUCCAGAUUCUACUUUUACUAGCAACCAGAAGGCUUCAACAUCCAAACAAACACCUAAGAAUCAGAAGGAGUCUGCAUUGAGUCGAUCCAGAGAAUUUCGUAGUCUCACCAAAGAUAGUCACGUAGAGGUGAUUGAAGAGGAGGAUGAUGAGGAUGGUAUACGCCGUAGUCGACGACCUCGGAAACAGAUUUACAGCACCAUGAAUCAGAAUCUCCUCACUGAAAUGAUGUUGGCUGGUGGUGCAAACCCAAGCCCUGAGGAGGUCAUGCUACGUCGGAAGAAACCUCUAAGACCAAGUAGGAAAGAAGAUACCGAUGAUGAAGAUGACGUUGAAGAAGAUGAUGAGGAAGAAGAAGAUGAGGAAGAAGAAGAUGAAGAAGAUGAAGAAGAAGAGGAUGAAGACGGAGAAAAUAAGGAGAGUGAGACAGGAACUGAUAUGUACUCCCGUAUAAAGAACAGACAGAAAGCAAAGAAGCUACAAAGACAACGAGAGAGGGAAGAACGACUACGAAAACAGCAAGAGAAAGAGGCAGAGAAACUGAGGAGAAAAGAGAAACAAAAUAGUGAUGAUGAGGAAGAGGAGGACGACGAUGAUGACUCAGACUCCGACGAGAAUGAUGACUCCGACGAGGAUGAUGACUCUGAUGAAGAAAGCGAAGACGAAGAGGAAGAGGAGCCGCAAUCUCAGUAUUCUCUUCGACAGCAUCGUCAAAUCACCAAUCGCUACUCUGCUCCAAUGUCUGAACCGAUGAGGAAACGGCAGCAGAAGUAUGAGGAUUUUAUCAACCCCCAUUCUCCUCUGAGAAGACGUCAUUUCAAGCACAAGAAACAUCUUACUCCUGUGCAUAGUCCUAGGCUAAAACGAAGAACUCACCAUGGUGCUCGGGAUCUAUCAUCUACUAGUUCAGAGGAUUCUGAUGAUGAGAGACGAUUUGAACGAAGGAAGAAUAAAAGCAUGAUAAGAGCAAGAAACAGGUGUCUUCCAAUGAAUUUGACUAAGGAUGAUAUAUCAGGAGGAGUGAUCAAAGAUAGGCAGAGAAUCGGUAGUAGUCUAGCUGAUGUAGACCCUAUGAACAUUGAUUCAUCAGUGACCUUUGAUGCCGUUGGUGGUUUAGGCUCUCAUGUCCAAGCUCUCAAGGAGAUGGUAGUCUUUCCUCUUCUCUACCCUGAAGUCUUUGAACGUUUUAAGAUUGCCCCACCCAGGGGAGUAUUGUUCCAUGGUCCCCCAGGGACGGGGAAGACCCUUGUUGCCAGGGCAUUGGCCAAUGAGUGUAAACAAGGUGAAAAGAGAGUAGCAUUCUUCAUGAGGAAAGGAGCUGAUUGCCUUAGCAAAUGGGUUGGGGAAUCAGAACGCCAGCUCAGGCUACUCUUUGAUCAAGCCUUCACCAUGCGACCAUCCAUCAUCUUCUUUGAUGAGAUCGAUGGUCUGGCUCCCGUCCGGUCAAGCCGCCAAGAUCAGAUCCAUAGUUCCAUUGUGUCGACCCUUCUGGCCCUGAUGGACGGACUGGAUAGUAGAGGAGAGAUAGUGGUGAUUGGGGCCACCAAUAGGAUUGAUGCUAUUGACCCCGCCCUCAGGAGACCUGGACGUUUUGAUAGGGAAUUCCUCUUCCCCCUACCUUCACUUGAGGCAAGGACAAGUAUUCUCAAUAUACACACCAACCAAUGGAAUCCAAAGCUAGCCACGGCUUUUGUUUCAGAAGUUGCUGAAAAAUGUGUCGGUUACUGUGGUGCCGACCUAAAGGCCUUGUGCACUGAAGCUGCUCUUUAUGCUCUUAGACGACGUUAUCCACAAAUCUAUACCUCCAAGGAAAAACUCCAGCUGGACGUUACUGAAAUUCAAGUGGGUGCUGUGGACUUCCAUCAGGCUAUGCAACGUAUCGUACCAGCCUCUCAGCGGUCAGUGGUCAGUCCUGGUCGUAGCUUGACCCUUCUUGUUCGUCCAUUGCUGGAGAAUCAAUUCAAUGCUGCCCUGGAUAUUCUUAAUCGUGUCUUCCCUUCAGCUUUGUAUCAAGACAAAUCUACUUCACAAGGAGAUACAUCCGAUCCUACGACUGAUAUGCUGCACAAUAAUGACUGGGAUGAGGAGGAUCAACCUAGUAUAUUCAACGGCCCUACCCCAACCUCUGGGUCUAAGAGACUUUCUCACUCAUCUAAAUCAUUCCUCAACUUUGCAAGUACCUCCUACCAUAGACCAUACGCCCACCGACCACGUUUCCUUCUUACUGGUCAGCCUGGUAUGGGUCAGACCUCGCAUCUCACUCCGGCUCUUCUGCAUCAUAUGGAAAAGCUUCCUGUGCAUUGCUUAGACCUACCUGCAUUGUAUGCAUGUAGUGCUAAAACACCAGAGGAAUCCUGCGCUCAGGUAUUCCGCGAGGCAAGGCGUACCAGCCCUAGUAUCAUCUACAUCCCUCAUAUUGGUCAAUGGUGGGAUGCAUGUUCUACAACAUUGCAAGCAACUUUCCUCACUCUGCUUCAAGAUCUACCUCCAUCAGCCCCUAUACUACUGCUAGCUACCUCAGACGUUCCACUUAGGGAUAUCCCAGUUGAAAUGCAGUCUUUGUUCAUUGGUGGUCAUGGUGAGAUAAUGACAAUGAGACUUUUUAAGAUGGAUGAGAGAAGACAGUUCUUCAAAGAUCUCAUCCUGGUUCAAGCUGCUAAGGUCCCUAAUAGGAAAACCAAACCUGCUUCUGCAACCCUUGAGAUACUUCCUGUGGCUGCCCCUAGAGAACCACGGGAACUAACAGAAGAUGAGAUACAGAAACUUGUCAAUGAGGAGGAAAAGAAACUAAGAGAGUUGAGAAUCUUCCUGAGGGAUGUCCUCACCAGACUAGCAUCAGAGAGAAAGUUCCGCGUCUUUACCAGUCCAGUAGACCCAGAAGAGGUUCCAGACUAUGUACAGGUAAUCAAGAAUCCAAUGGAUCUCUUUACAAUGAACAAUAAGAUUAAUCUCCAUCAGUACACCAGUGCUAAACAGUUCUUGAGUGACAUUGACCUCAUCACCAGCAACGCCUUGGAAUAUAAUCCUGAUAGACAACCUAGUGAUCGGAUGAUCAGGAACAGGGCGUGUGAGCUGAAGGACAUGGCAUAUGCCAUCAUCGAUGCUGAGAUGGAUUCAGACUUUGAAAAGGAAUGUGAAGAGAUUGAGGAGUCAAGAUCUAGGAGACAGGAGAAUCCCACUAUGACGGCAGCAAUGGCACCAAGCUUCUACAAGACCUUCCAUCAACUUACCUUGGCACAGGCACAGGAGCAGGCCAGGGAUCUAGCCAACCAGAAAAUAACACCACAUCAACUGGAUUCAAGGGAAGAAGGAGGAAGAUCAAGCAGGCCAAAGAAGGCCAAGAAGAAGGUUUCAAAGCGACGAAGUGCCUGGUCUAGAGGAUUCUUGUCGAAGAAGAAGAUGAAGAAGAAAGAAGCCAUUGCUGACGAAGAAAGUGAAGAGGAGAAUGAUGAGGAAGAGGCCAUGGAGGAUGAUGAGGUUGAGAUCUUACAUAAUGGACCUCUGACAAACGGCGAUAUCUUUAAUCACCAAGAAACCAGUAAUCAAUCUGCUGAUACGUCCAUCGCUCCCAGUACUCUCUCUCAGAUCACAGAUGAUGCUCCCAUGUCGCCUCGUCUUAGUGGCAACCUUGAUCAUCACAAUAGUGAUGACGAGAGUGUAAAGAGUGGCCCACGUACCCCGCAAACCGAACCAACCAUGGGACGUCGGUCGCUACGUAGGAGCACUGAUCACGUGGCCCCGUCCCAUCAGCUCCAGAAUGGCAUCAAUAGUGAAGAAUCAUCAGAGGUUGAACCUCCUACUCUUGAGAAGGUUGAGCCAUUACAAAGAGUCAGAGAAGACAGGUCAAAGGGCAAAGAGAUUGAGAGCAGAGAAGAGGAGAGAAGAAAUGAUGAUGGAGACACACCUACCUCAGCUGAUUCUACCAAACCAAAGGAUACUGAUGGAAUUGCUGCCCUAAGACGAUCUAGCCGUCGACUGACCAUAAGUCUUCAGGAUGAUCCUGUGCCAAGGAAUAUCUUGGAUGCACCUGAACCUGAACUUAUUGUUGAUCAUGACAGACUUAAGCGGCUGUUAGAGAGCGUGACCCUCGCGACUACAAACUUCAACAUUGAGAAGUUAGAGCGAUUGUAUAGCAUCAUGAGUCACCAUAUCUAUCAACACAGGAUGGAUUAUGAUAAGACAAACCUCAUUCAGGCAAUGGAGCAGGAGGUUAUGAAAAUAACAGUUCAACCAGUGGUCUAGAAGAAACGAGGUGGUGUGUAGGACUUGAAGUUUGAUAUCCAUUGGAAUCACGGCAGAUAUGUCACGUUGCAGUUCAUGUUUGUUUUUUGAAUGAUGUUGAUUGGCACCAAGCAGCGUUUGUGAGAGUUUGAUGUACUAUGGGAUGUGUCAAAUGAACUCCACUAAUGAAUAAUUGCUAAAACGGUAUAUAGAUUUAAGAAUCACCCAAGUCUUUGAUAGUCGAUUUUGAGUAAAUCGAGAAAAAUGAGCCAAUAUUUGGAUUAGUCCAAUGAGGAUUGCGGUUAAUAUUUCAUUACUGUGGGGCACUUUUGGGUGGGAUUAUAGGAUAUUAAAAACACAUCAAUAGGGUUGGUCUAUAAGCAACAACUUCUCACAUUUAAGUCAAUUUAUCUUUGUCGUUGGUUUUUUUUUUCCUCUUAAAAUUCUGUGAGUUCUGGACAGUGUUUUACUUGGAAUUAUGUGAUUUAUUCUGUUUUGAGUAUCAUAGAGAACUUUGGACCUGAGAAUUGCCUCUUCAUUUUCAGAAAGGACUAACAUUAGUUCACAACCUAUUAUUUCCUUUCAAUUAAUAUUUGCAAAUGUAAAAGUAUUUACUAUUCAACCCAUUUGUAUUUGCAUUUUCAUUUUUGAUAUAAGUUGUCAAGAACUCCAGUUCAGUUUAAUUUUGUGAUAUGCAAAAUCGAUAGUUUCUUUCAUAUAACUUCAAACCUCAUGGCAUAAUGAUAUGAACCUUUUCUAGAUGAAAUAUGUAAAUCUAUGUGUUAUGAUAAUAAUAGUCACUCGACCAACAUCAAUGAAGGCCAAUUGACAAAGAAAUACAUUAACUGCCAUUACUUCAGACAAUAUUAUCCAAGAAAUACUUUUUACCUCUGAAUUAUAAUUAGGGAUAAUCAAGAUAAAGUACAUUUGUGACCUGCCAUUUCAAAACCAACAAUAAUUUGCCUGGGAAGGUUCUCUUUAAAGUAAGUAAAAUGAUAAUUUUUUCCUCAGAAAGUAAACAAAAGGAAAUUAGCUUAUCUGAAAGAGUAAAUCUUCUCCUUCUUACUGUCACAAUAUUAAGUUCUAAAGUGAUAUAAAAGAGAUAUUUUAUGGACUGCUUGGAAGUUUCACUGAGAUCACACAGUGUGCACAUCUCAUUCUUGAGAGCACCCCAAACUUCAAACCUUGUUUUCUCCUUAUGUUUUCAAGCUCUCAUUGAAUUUCUUUUACAUUCGAACAAGUACUUUUGUGGAUUAUUGUUGAUCACUUUUUUCAAUUUAUAUAUCAUUUUGAAGCUUAGGAUGUUCUUUUUUCUUUCUUGCUCAAUAAAAAUCUCAAAAAUAAUUUUGGGUGAUUUAUAGUUGGUUUCCAUGUGGCAGGUUACAUGUAUUUUGUGCAGCCAAUUGAAUUGACUAAAGGUGCAACCUCCAAAUACAGUGUGUGUUAUAUUAUUUAUGUGCAGUUAAAGUAUGCAUGUAAAUUCCAAUGCAAAUUUUGAAUGAAUGUUGUGUAUGAUAUGUUCACACCCUUUUGUUUGUGUCUGAAACACUUGAUUACCCAAUUGCUGAUUGAAGGGGGUUCCCCAACAUGGUGCUUGGGCAAUGGGGGAUUUCCCUAACAUUAUUCUGGGGAAUCCCCAUUUGGCCGUAGUGUUGUACAGGGUAUCGUGAGGUGUUGCAUUUAUGUUCUUAUUUGUAUUUUAGUUUGUUUUUCCUCUUUGUCACAAGUGCAACAAAUAAUUGUUUGUUUGAUAUUUAU